GCGUCCGUCCUGUACACGUCGUGAACGCGCCCCGUCUCUGCAGAGCUCUGUCCCACUCGUGCGUGUUUUAGUUUGACGUGCGGACUUCUCCAACUCAACUCCACAGAGCCUUUGCAACUUUUCUACUCUUUCUGCAUCAGAGACACACUACUCAAGGUCCACCAUGGGUAACAUGUUCAGCAAGAAGAAAGUGGCUCCACCAGCCCAAGCUGAAAGCCCUAAAGAAGAGCAGAAAGAAGGGGAAAGUGUGCCAGAGAGUCAGGAGGCACAGCCUGUCACUGCCCCGCCAGAGGCACAGCUGCCCCCCACCACUGAGCCCACCCCUCCAGAGUCUGAUGGAGAACCUGCUGGUGAGGUCCAGCCCGCACCUGACCAAGCCCCUGUCCCUGUCCCUGUCUUAGAGGCUGUCCCAGAGCCAGAGCCUGUCCCUUGCGCUGUCCCUGAGGUGGUCCCAGAGCCAGAGCCAGUCCCUGCUGCUGUGCUUGAGGAGGCCCCACAGCCUAUAGUGUGUAAACUGCCUGCAGCAGACCCACUCCAGUCUCUUGAGCCACAGGUGUUGAUUUUGCGUUCACCUGAACCAGAAGUCACCCCAGAACCAGAACCAGAGCCUGUGCCAUGCCCAGCCCCCGAGGAGGUCCUGGAGUCAGAGCCUGUCCCAUGUGCAGCACCUGAGGAGGUGCUUGAACCGGAGCCUGUCCCAUGUGCAGCGCCUGAGGAGGUGCUUGAACCAGAGCCUGUCCCAUGUGAAGCACCUGAGGAGGUGCUUGUACCAGAGCCUGUCCCAUGUGAAGCUCCUGAGCUCCUCCCAGAGCCUGAAGGCCUCCCCUGCAUAGAACCUGUUCCAGACUUCAUGCCCAUGGAGAUCCCAGAACCUGUCAUAUGUUACAAAUCAGAGCCUGCGAUUUAUAUGCCCGAGGCAGAGCCAGAGUUAAUUCCAGUUACAGACCUGCUGCCCCCCGACGCUGCCCCUGAACCCACCCCUCUCUUAGACCUCAGCGCCCCUGACCCAGAGCCCAUCCUGUGCCAAGUCACCUCUGAGACUGUAGUAGUUAACGACGCCAGUGAAGAAAACAUGAGCUCACUGUUAAAACAGCUGGAGCUCAAAGAGAACGGCCUUGUGCCUGAUUGCCUUCUGAAUGACGUGACGAUUCCCGAGCCUCUCCUUGCCUCCUCCGAUCUGCUCAUGUGAAUCCAGAAGUAUGCCAUAGACAUUUGCGAUGAAGCCUCGAAUCCUUACAUCAAUCCUGACAAUUACUGACUUAUAUUUUUGUCACCUAACGUGGCCUACUAAUUCUAUAACAAUUUUAUAAUCAUAAUUGUUGUUGGCUUAAGAGUAUGUUCAGGGAUGAGGACAGUGUUGGACAAGAGAGAUUGCACUCUCUGCAGAUAAGUUCAGCAUAUUCUGGAAGCAGAUGAGAAAAGUGAAUUUAAUGUCACUAUGCAAGCCUCCAUACAAAAACAUUAAGACAAAUGUAAGGGAAAUGAUCAAAUGUGAUUCUUGUACUAAGUGAGUGCAGUGUUUUUGGUGGAUAAGCAUAAUAAUGUACUAAAUGUGGAAUCGAAUGCUAGAAAAAGGGAGUUGCUGUAUCAACAUCUGGCUUGCAGUUCAGUAUACGUGUUUGGUCUUUGCAAUGUCCCCAAAAGUCAGAUUCAUUUUCUAUUUUCAUAAGGGAUAAUUAAUUGCGUGGUUGCUUGCUUGUAAAAAUAAAAUGUGCAAAUAUUUGGAAACAAUUUUGUGUUUACAUAUAUGUAUAAAAUUACUAAAUAUUUGUAACAUGCAAUAACAAAACAUAAUAAAUGAAGUGUAAUGUAUUAUGUAAUUCUCCCAAGAUAACAGAGCUUUGUAUUCGGCGGCAGCGUGCAUGCCAAGUAGAACUGUAGUGGCAUUCUGACGUCUCACAGCAGCACUACACACAUGGACUAUAUGGGACACAAUGUACAUAUGGAAAUAAAAUGGCAGCCAGUGUAAAUCUG